GCUCUUUAUUCUCACACACACACAUUAUGCUCGCUCAGCUGCCGUGUGCUUGCACGCACAAAAACACUGUGAGCACUUCAUGUCCCUUGUCCCUCUGUCACCUUGUCUCUCAAUCCCUCCCUCUCAGACAGAGGAGAAGGAGGAGGAGGGGGGGGGGGGGAGUGCAGGCACACAAAGGAAAAGGGGAAUGAGCAGCUUCUGCCAUUAAGGUGAAGGAGACACAGUCAAUGAGUGAAUGUGAUACAAACUGACAGGCUUGGAAGUGAUUCAAGUGCAACUCAGGAAGAGUUGAAAAGAAAAAAAAAACAUAUUUGGAAAGCUGUUCUCUUUUUGGAUUUGCUACCUCGAGUGGAGAUAAUAUCCGUUAGAGGUAAGCGACUGUGAGGAUUAUCCAAUUUAACCACAAGCGAGAUGUGCUCAUAUGAUUAAUGGGAGGUGUAGAAGUAUGACAGAGUGGAAACAUACAGACUAAUUAAUUCAUCUUAACCACACAGCAGACAACAUAAAUCUUUAAAAAUGUCAAGACUUUCCCCCAAGUAUUCUCAUGUGUUUUUAAUGGUUGUUUUCUCCUCACAACCUUCAAAACUAUCAAUAUGUUGUGCAUUUCUGAUGUUCCUGUUAAACCAAUGUACAUAAAUUAGUAUUACUUCCUAAUCCUCAGUCCUCUUCACUGUGACACUUCAUCAUGGCGGAUCUGUUCGUUGACCGGGUUCUGGUGAAGAACAACAAGGACCAGGAUGAGCUGGACACAGAACGUGAGAUCACCAUGCGCCUGCAGAACCGCAUCCUGAUGCUCUUCUUCGCCUCUGCUGCAUGUGAGAGCUGCCAGCAGUUUGCGCCCAUGCUCACCGACUUCUUCAAACGUCUGACAGAUGAAUUCUAUGUGGAUCGCGCAGCUCAGCUGGUUCUCCUGUACAUUAGUUUGGACCAAUCAGAGGAAGAGCAAGAAAGCUUCCUCAAGGAGCUGCCAAAGAAGUGCCUGUUCCUGGCCUAUGAGGACCCCUACAGGAGGGAGCUGGAGGCCAUGUUUGACGUGGAGGAGCUGCCCACAGUGGUGGUCCUGCGUCCUGACUGCUCCAUCCUCAUCCCGAAUGCAGUGGAGGAGAUCCUCCGCCUCGGCCCAGACUGCUACCGCAACUGGCAGGAGGCAGCGGAGCUCAUCGACAGGAACUUCAUGAUCAACGAGGACUUUGAGGAAAAGUCCAUGCGCAGCUUCAGUGACCCUGUAAGAAGGCUGAAAUACAAGGUGGAGGAUGACAAGAAGAAAAAGAAGAAGAAAAAGCGCAGAGGGUGGGGUGAAGGUGGAGAUGAGAAUGCGGAGGAGGAUGGAGGAGUGGAUGGAAAAGACGAGAGGGGAGGGGGGUCACCAUGA